CUAAGCCGAGAGCUCGCGCAGCCCCACCUGCAGGAGACUCUGUCUUGUUCGAUGACACCAGCUCAGCGGCACCUGGAAUGAACAGCCAGGGCUUCUACACUCCUGGUUAUAACAUGGCGGGACCCUCAAAUGACAUGCAGGGAGGCCCGGGAGUUAACAACCUGUUCACUGACCCAAUGGCCAACGCCGCCAUGAUGUACGGCUCGUCUUUAGCCAACCAGGGAAAAGACAUUGUGAACAAGGAGAUCACCAGAUUCAUGUCUAUGAACAAGCUGAAAUACUUCUUUGCGGUGGACACCAGAUACGUCCUGAAGAAACUCCUGAUCCUCAUGUUCCCUUACACACAUCAGGAUUGGGAGGUCCGCUACCAUCGGGACACUCCGCUCACUCCAAGGCAAGACGUAAAUGCGCCUGAUCUUUACAUCCCAACCAUGGCUUUCAUUACCUACAUUUUACUGGCUGGAAUGGCCCUUGGUAUUCAAAAGAGGUUCAGUCCAGAGGUUCUUGGACUGUGUGCCAGCACUGCCCUGGUGUGGGUCAUCAUCGAGGUCUUGGUCAUGUUGCUGUGUUUGUAUCUGCUCACGGUGCACAGCGAUCUCUCCACGUUUGACCUCAUCGCCUACAGUGGAUACAAAUAUGUUGGAAUGAUCUUCACGGUGUUUUGUGGCUUAUUGUUCGGCAGUGAUGGGUAUUAUGUUGCCCUUGCGUGGUCUUCUUGUGCCCUAAUGUUCUUCAUUGUUCGAUCUCUGAAGAUGAAGAUCCUGCCCUCCAUCUCCUCGGACUCGAUGGGAAUGGGAUCGAGCGCCAAGCCUCAGCUCCGCCUUUAUAUCACAGUGGCAACCGCAGUCUUUCAGCCAAUCAUUAUCUACUGGUUAACCUCUCACUUAGUCAGGUGACUGUGAGGUCCGAUUAAAACCCUCAGGUCCGACAGGACUGGACCCGGGCUGUGCUGGUUAAUUGACUCUUCGUACACAGUUUUGCCCUUACACAGUUUUGUUAAUAAAUCUUAACACAUUUGUGGACGGUGCCGAGCUGCAGCGCGUACGAAGCUUUUCAGCUUUCCGAUGUCUGCCGUGUGAUUGUGAAGUAACGCUGAUAAAUGCUGGAUUUUUUUUUUUUCCCCCACCACCUAAGUGUUAACACAAGGGCUCUCACGUUUUAACAUUGGAUCUGAGUCUGCAAAUGAGCUUUUAUAUCAUGUUUCUGAACAUGUUUUUCAGUGUUUAAACUAAACGGCACACCCGGCUCAUCACUCUCAUAAUUCAAGUGAAGUUUUUUCCGAAGUGUGGUAAUGUUGCUGCUGCAUCAUCCUCCCCUUUCUAUCUUAAACUCUGUAUUUUAUUUAUCUACAUUUGACAACGCAUGAAAAAGUUUGAAUUUUUGUAGAAAAAAAAAAUAAACAUAUUUAGCUUUGUGUAUUUAAUUUGAAAGUUUUUCCCUUUUUGUUGAAAAUUUACAAAGAUUUCUUCUUGAUGUAAUACAUUUUUGAUUUUAUGGCGUUUACAGCAGGAGUGAAAAUCCCAAAGGAAA